UGCCAGAAGACAAGCUAAUCAUUUCGAAAUCAGGCGAUUCCGAUUUUCGGGACGCACGCAAUUAUUGCGGCAAAGGCACGCUGAGUACCGUUUCUGAAACAAAUAUAGAAUAUCAAUAGGAUUAACGGCGGCUUGGAACAGCAUGGGGGGACGAUUUUUAUGCACAAUAAGAGCAAAGUGUGAUUGUGGAUGACGUCAACUUCGACAGAUAGUUGGCGGUGUACCAACUGUCGUUAACGAAUUCCCAAUGAUGGCCGGACUGGUCCAUUUACAGAAGAGAAAAAUAUCCUGUGGUGCUACCAUUAUCGCGAGUAGGUACGCGAUUAGUGCCGCCCAUUGUGGCUUAAAUGAAACUGUCAGAACAUUCGGUUUAUUGGUUGGUGAUGAUGAUAUUAACGGCAGAGAUGAUACCCCGUCAGCAGCAUUGUAUACCAUAGAAAACAUCCUAAGACACCAUAUGUAUAAUUUGGGUUCGAAAGAAAACGACAUUUCCAUUAUCAAGACUGAGAAAAUAAUUUCUUUUGGAAGUGAUGUUGGCCCGGCGUGUUUACCUUUUCGGUUUUCAAAUUUUGAUUUCAAUGAUCAAAAGGUGCUGGCAUUGGGGUGGGGAACGACUACUGGACCAAAACUUCAAAAAGUAAACCUUACUACAAUUUGUAAUAAUAAGCGCCAAGAAGAAUUGCCUAGUGAGAAGAUUUUCAGUAGCGUACUGUGCUCUUAUGGCGCUGGUAAGGAUGCGUGCCAGUUUGCUUCGGGUGGUCCACUUUUAUGGUACGAUAGUGAAUCGAAGAGAUUACAGUUGGUUGGCGUAAUUUCUAAUCAUCUUGGCUGUGGAGGUGAUUUGCCCGCUGUUAAUACUAGAGUGACUUCUUAUCUGGAUUGGAUAAUUUCGAAAACAUCCGAUGUAGAUUAUUGUAUUAAAUAAUUUUGAUUACUUGUGUAUGAUCUUUUAUAUUCAUUUUUAAUGAUGACUAAUUUUUUAUAUUUUAUUCGUGAUGUCGUGAGUUCGUGACAUGAAGUCUUCUGUGUUAAAUGGUGGUUUAAGCAACAAUACGAAACAAAUGCGAGGGGAGAACGCCUACUAUUAGCCUCAGUUAAUUUUUUAAACCA